AUGGCGCAGCGAAAAGAAACGCCAAAGAAGGUAUACGCCAAAUCGAACUUAGAUUCAAAGUCUAUGUGUCGACUUUGUUGCAGCAUAAUCGAUCCAAAACACUGCAAAAACCUGUACAAUAAGGCCAGUGUAAACGUGCUUGCUUCUGCCGAAUUAUUAUACGGUGGAAAACUACUGCGUGGCGAUUCACUUCCUCAUCUCGUAUGCCGACCUUUUGAAAGACGACUGGAUAACUUCAUGAAGUUUAAAAACAUGAUAUGUGAUAACCAAGACUCCAUGAUGCGCCAAAAGAGAUGCGUUGAGCUUUCGCCUUCUGCACCUACCGCUGAUGAAAAGAGUGCAAAAACAGACACACUAAUUCGUGGUAAAUCCUCUCAAAGACAAAGUCGUCGAAGCCUUUCCUCAUCAUUUGAAACAUACGAUCUCCCCUUGGAACCUACAUUGCCCAAGGUAUAUGCUAUAUUUACUGUAAAUAAUCAUUCUAUAUGCUUCAUCUAGGGAACUUUCAUUUUAUAAUAUUUUAAAAUUAAAACUUUAUAUAAUUUUUGGUUUAUCAUAAAUAUAGAUUAAUGUUGAAACUCAGACCGUCGAAGACACCGUUUCCAAACCGGCCCUGAAUGGAUUGCCGUUCGGUGAAAUACUCAAGAAAAUAGAUGAAGAACUACGAAAGAUCGCGCGAAGAGACAUGAAUUCUGUUCUUCGCAGAAAGGAUUUUGACGCUAUGAGUAGUUUUUCGUUGGAGAACAUUCUCAAAGAGCUACGAACUGUGUGCCCAGUAACAUUCACAAGUUUAUCCCAGAUGCUAGAUUUGGACUGUGGCAACGAAAAAAAAGUUGCUCCUCUGUGCCUUAUUUACGGCGUGUUGAUGUUUAGACGAUGUCAUGAAUUGAGUUUAAUACAACGCCUUAUUACCAUCUUACUAGCUGACAGUGACGCCAACACGGAGGUAAAUUAACACAAAAUAUCUAUUUGACUAAUUUUUUUUGACUGCCGAUAAACAAUGUUUCGUGGUUUUUUUUUUGUAUACAGGGUGUAUCAAAAUUAGCGUUUCAAUGCCUAUAAUUGAAACGGUAAUUAUAAUUUAUAGUGUUUGCAGGUUUUUUUAUACACCCUGUAUAGUCUGUACAAGCAUUGUGAUGAGCAGCUAAAACUUUUUGCAAAUUUGUUUUAAAUUUUAAUAUUAUAUAGUUCGUAGCAAAGCCACUAAUCUUACUUGUUUUAUACUUGGGCAUAAGCUAUUUUUUACGCACCUUUUCAUGGGAUUUUCAAUGUUCAUAAAAUUUAUUAUUUCUGUCGCAAAUAGUGCACAGAUUUUGUGCCUGGUGUUGUCAAUUUCAUUUCAAUCAAGUCGAAUUCUAUUGUUGUGAUAUGUCACGCAACAUUAAACGCAAUCGUAUCAAAACAAAAGCCUGCUGAGUCUUGUUAUAUAAUUUAUAGUUUAUAUUCGUUUGGAUAGAUAAGUAAAUAUUGCACGGGCCGUGACGAUUUGCGGCGCAUUACAGUUACUGUAAAACUGGUCUAAAGACUAAAAUCUUACAUACAUUGUUCUAAUAGACUAAAAUUGCCAAUUAUUAUAUUAAAGGCUGAUUUCCGCUGUUGCGUUUUUCGUACGCACGUACACGCACAUAAAACUUUGAAUCCUUCUAUUUUUUAAACAUUUUACAAAUAAGUUGACAAAUGCAUACUAAAACUUGUGGAACACUAAAUUCUGUUGCUUUAUUUAUUUGGUUAUUUCAUAAGUAACAUUUAAACGGAUUUAAAGUUUUACGUGCGUGUACGUACGUAUGAAAAACGCAACAGUGGAAAUCAGCCUUAAAACGCGCUUGUACUGUGGCCGUGGGUUCAAUUCCUACCAGAGGACCUUGUGCUGCAUUUUCGCAGUCGUUCCUGGUUAGGUCUUAAAAUGUAUAUAUUCUCACUUGGAUUACAAACCCUAACAUACUAAUAUUGUACUGUUGUACAACGUUUUAGUACCCUGAAGACGACAUGGGUUCACGUGCCAAAAGCUUAUUUUAAAUAAAUAUUAAUGGUGAAAAUAACUUAAAUUAGCAACAUUAGUUAAUAUUUUGGCUAAUUGUGUUACUAAAGCUUUGCAUGUCCUUUUUUAUAUGUAUACUGUAGGUAUAUGAGAAAUUCAACAAGUUUGGUCUUUGUCUGGUAAAAACAAUGAAGUAUACCAUACAGGAAGACAUUGGUGCUCAUUUCCUAGACAAAGUCGUACAGGAAGUUAAGGAUGGAAAAACAUUCUCCUUUGUCAUUGACAACAUUGACUGGGAGGAGCAUGUUCAUGAAAUGCGGUCAGAUAACCAAAACCAGAGUGUGCAUGCCGUAGCAACAUCUAUAGUGUUUGAUCGUGUUUCAUCCAGCCACUUGCCAGAUGAAGAGCCACAGCAGUCCUUAGCUUCUUGUGAUGUUGUCAAAUUAGUCCAGUUAUCGGACAGUGAUAUUGCAAUUCAAAAGCGAGUUUAUAAGUCAAUAGCCGCACAUAUUCUUUGUGAAUACAUCCCAACCUUUAAAUUCCUCAAGGACUUGGUGACUCAUUUUGAUGUACCAAUGCAACAUAAAGUAGAGAUGCAACAAAAGUCCCUUGUUGUGCCCUUCCCUGUCCUGUUUAAAGAUGAAAAGAGGUAUGCAGAAAUUGUGGAUGUGUUGGAUCAGCUGGAAAAAUGGGUCCACCACAUUUAUGCUCUGGCAGGCAAAAUUCCACCUGAGAAAGAUAUCUCAAAUGCCCACCAUGUGACCCUUCCAUCAUUACCAUCUACCUCCAACCUGACCAGCCAUUAUCACAUGUCCACCCUGUUGCUGAUCCGAAUGAUCCCUUAG